GAAAUCAUAUAUGAGCAUCUCCUUUACAAUCAAUGGAAAAUAAGUUCAAUCAAAACCCAAUGAUACAUUUGAGGACAUUUUUGAUGAAUAUGUUAAAGUUAAAGGGUGAAAUUUUUUUAAAUAAAAUAUGGAGAAUAAAUGAUCAACAAAAACUGAUUUAAAAAAGCAUAAAGAUAACUCAAAUCCUUAAAGGAGGUGAUAAAGUUGAUUGCUUAGACAAAAAUAGUGUUCCAAGUACCUUUUCAUCUACCAAUCAAAUUGAUAAUCAAAGAAGAUUUAUACCCCUUUAACCACCAAUUUAACCCAUCGAUUUUUUAUAACAGCCAAGUAAUCAACCAAUAAAUCCAUUAGUGAAAUAACCAAAUAAAAUAAAUUAAUAAUCUUAAACUCCACCUAAAGUACCCACUUAAAAUUAACAAAAGCCAAAUAGUCUUCAAGAUGUCUUAAAAGAUUAAGCAAAUAAAAUGUUAGUAAAUAAGAUGGCCAUCAAAAGAUAAGAAAUUAAUGAUACAAGCGGUAACAAAGAGACAGCUGUUAAAACUAUAAAAUAGUUUAAGGUCUAAAUUAAAGAAUACGGAAAAAUUGUCACAUUAGAAUCAGAAGAUGGAUCAUUCAAAGCUACAUUUUUAGAAGAAAAUGCUUCAGAAGCCGAACAAGAUAAUAUUGUCUUAUCUUAACAUGAUAUUAUUUAGAAUCCAGAAACAUAACUUAAAUUAGCUAUGGGAAGGAAUCCAUCAUAAUCAACUAAAGUUCUUUUCUUAUCAGGUUAUAAAGGAAUUGCUAUCAAAUGGGUAACUGGACUCUAAACUAAGUUUUAAUUCUGGCUUGAUGAAUGAAUAAUCAUUAAUUAAUAUUAAAAUAUUAUAUUAAGACAACCUCUUAAAA